UUCCCUUUUUUUUUGGGGAAAUCGAAAGUGGUGGUAAAAGUUAUGAAAAGGAAGCUGCUGAAUAGUUAUUAGAAGCCAAUACAUGAUACUGCAAGCUUUUUGUUUCUAUGCGCAGCAAAUUAAACAGAAAACCACAUGAUUUGAAUUGAAAUCAUAUGGCACUGAAGUUUCUUAACUAACUACUUGUUAGCUUGACAGUUGAGUUGAAAAAGAUAUCGAAAAUGGUUACCUCGACAGUUCGUCUUGAUGAUGUCCUCAAGGAAGCAGUUGAUCUGGAGAAUAUACCUCUUGAAGAAGUUUUCGAACAACUUAGAUGUACAGGAGAAGGAUUAGACUCUGAUGAAGUUCAAAAGCGCUUGGAUUUGUUUGGAUAUAACAAACUUGAAGAAAAGAAGGAAAGUAAAAUACUGAAGUUCUUGGGGUUCAUGUGGAAUCCUCUGUCAUGGGUCAUGGAAGCUGCAGCUAUCAUGGCCAUUGCUCUUGCACAUGGAGGGGACAAAGGUACAGAUUAUCACGAUUUCGUUGGCAUCAUUGUCCUACUGAUUAUCAAUUCUACCAUCAGUUUUAUAGAGGAGAACAAUGCUGGAAAUGCAGCUGCAGCUCUUAUGGCUCGGUUGGCACCAAAAGCCAAGGUUCUACGUGAUGGAAAAUGGAGUGAGGAAGAUGCUGCGGUGUUGGUCCCUGGAGACAUAAUUAGUAUCAAGCUUGGCGACAUUAUUCCUGCAGAUGCACGUCUUCUUGCAGGAGAUCCUUUGAAGAUUGAUCAGUCUGCUCUUACAGGAGAAUCACUUCCAGUAACCAAAAAUCCAGGUGAUGGGGUUUAUUCAGGUUCAACCUGCAAGCAAGGCGAAAUUGAAGCAGUUGUCAUUGCAACUGGAGUUCAUACUUUCUUUGGGAAGGCAGCUCAUCUUGUCGAAAACACAACACAUGUUGGCCAUUUCCAGCAGGUUUUAACAGCAAUUGGAAACUUCUGCAUUUGUUCAAUUGCUGCUGGGAUGGUUAUUGAAAUCAUAGUGAUAUAUGGUCUCCAGGAGAGGGAAUACCGUGUUGGUGUUGAUAACCUACUUGUCCUGCUGAUUGGUGGAAUCCCCAUUGCCAUGCCAACAGUUCUUUCUGUUACAAUGGCUAUUGGUUCCCAUCGUUUAUCCCAGCAGGGUGCUAUAACAAAGAGAAUGACUGCCAUUGAAGAAAUGGCUGGAAUGGACGUGCUAUGCAGUGAUAAAACAGGAACACUGACACUUAACAAGCUUACAGUGGAUAAAAACAUGAUUGAGGUAUUUGCCAAAGGUGUUGACAAGGAUCUGGUUGUACUUAUGGCUGCAAGAGCAUCAAGGUUAGAAAAUCAAGAUGCCAUUGAUGCUGCAAUUGUUUCAAUGUUGGCCGACCCAAAGGAGGCACGAGCGGGAAUUAAAGAGGUUCAUUUCCUUCCAUUUAAUCCAACUGACAAGAGGACUGCACUUACAUACAUUGAUGCUGCUGGUAAAAUGCACAGAGUCAGCAAAGGUGCACCAGAGCAGAUUCUCAAUCUUGCUCAUAACAAGUCAGAAAUUCAAAAGAGAGUUCAUGCCAUAAUUGACAAGUAUGCGGAACGUGGAUUGCGGUCACUUGGUGUUGCACGCCAGGAAGUACCUGAAGGAACUAAAGACAGUCCUGGAGGCCCCUGGGAAUUUGUUGCUCUUCUCCCUCUAUUUGAUCCUCCUCGCCAUGACAGCGCUGAAACAAUCAGAAGAGCUCUGGACCUUGGUGUGAGUGUUAAAAUGAUCACAGGUGACCAACUUGCUAUUGGUAAGGAAACAGGAAGGCGGCUUGGGAUGGGCACAAACAUGUACCCCUCUUCAUCUCUGCUAGGUGAAAAUAAGGAUGGGGAACUUGCCGCUCUCCCUAUUGAUGAGCUCAUUGAGAAAGCUGAUGGUUUUGCUGGCGUCUUUCCUGAACAUAAAUAUGAGAUUGUUAGCAGAUUACAAGGCAGAAAACACAUCUGCGGAAUGACUGGUGAUGGAGUUAAUGAUGCCCCUGCCUUGAAGAAAGCUGACAUUGGAAUUGCUGUAGCAGAUUCUACAGAUGCUGCUCGUAGUGCAUCAGAUAUAGUUUUAACUGAACCUGGCUUGAGUGUAAUCAUUAGUGCUGUUUUAACAAGCCGUGCAAUAUUCCAAAGAAUGAAAAAUUACACGAUAUAUGCUGUCUCGAUCACCAUACGUAUUGUGCUUGGUUUUAUGUUGCUGACAGUCUUCUGGGAGUAUGACUUCCCUCCAUUCAUGGUUCUUGUCAUUGCCAUUCUUAAUGAUGGUACUAUAAUGACCAUAUCAAAAGACAGGGUAAAGCCAUCUCCAGUUCCUGACAGUUGGAAGCUAACUGAAAUUUUUGCGACUGGGGUUGUCCUUGGUGGUUACCUUGCACUAAUGACAGUGAUAUUCUUCUGGGCAGCCUUUGAAACUAACUUCUUUCCGAAUCAUUUUAAGGUGUCAGACUUCAAUAAGCAUCAUUUUAACAUGACAAAUGAGACUGAAUCUGAACCACUGAACGCAAUGUUAUCAUCUGCUGUGUAUCUUCAAGUCAGUACCAUCAGCCAGGCCUUGAUAUUUGUGACUCGCUCGAGGGGCUGGUCAUUCACUGAAAGACCUGGCUUUUUGCUCGUGAUUGCUUUCAUCAUUGCUCAAUUGAUAGCAACAGUAUUAUCAGCCACAGCAACUUGGAAAUUCGCCGGCAUCAAAAGUAUCGGUUGGCGGUGGACAGGAGUAAUUUGGUUGUACAAUAUCUUGACUUAUUUCCUGCUCGAUCCUCUCAAAUUUGCAGUCCGGUAUGCUCUCAGUGGAAGGGCCUGGAAUUUAGUGGUGGAACGAAGAACUGCAUUUACGAGCAAAAAGGACUUUGGAAAGGAAGCACGUGAAGCUGCAUGGGCAACAGAGCAGCGAACACUGCAUGGUCUACAGACACCUGAAGCGAAAACAUAUUUUGAUAGGGCCACUUUCAGGGACAUCAAUCUCAUGGCAGAAGAAGCAAGAAGGCGCGCAGAGAUUGCAAGAAUGAGGGAGUUGCACACUCUGAAAGGCAGGGUUGAGUCAUUUGCAAAGCUAAGGGGCUUAGAUAUCGAUAACGCCAUUAAUCAGCACUACACUCUUUAAUUAUCUAUUUUUCUGUCAUCCAUUUUUUCCCUUCUCCAUUAGUCUGUAUGUCUUGGUUAUCAGAACAACAAAGAUGAAUUACGUAUAACAUUGAUGAUUCAUGAUGAGUGAAUAAUAUAUUGAGAAGUACUGCAGAUGUUACUAACAAAUUCUAUUGUAUUUUAUUUUCAUUGCAUACUUGCAUUUAUAUACUGCCUCU